AUACUACCCCAUUAGAGAGACCCCACACGCAACACCACCACAAGAGGAUGAAGAUUGAAAACUAAGCUGUCUUUUCUUCGACCCCAAAAUUUAUUGGUCUGGUCAAUGGACUCACCUGCACAGCUCUUUUCAUUUUCUAGUUGUUUGCUUCUUCACUCUUUUUUCCACUUUCAAGUUCUCGAUUUGCCUUAGUUGAAUAGCAUGGACCACAAUCAUGUUAUGAAUGAUAUUAGGAGGAUGCUGCAGGGUGCAGAGCCACCAUUGACCACCGAAUGUUGCAUUUACAAGGUGCCCUUUGAUAUCCGCAGGCUCAACCAUGAUGCAUACACCCCAAAGGUUGUUUCCAUUGGACCCUUCCACCAUGGCAGCACCAGGCUGCAAAACAUGGAGAGACACAAGCUUAUAUACUGCAACGAGUUCCUCCAGCGAGCCGGCGGCACAACUCUCGAUUUGGACAGUUUUGUCAGCCGCAUUGAGCAGGCCGAACCCGACAUCCGGCGUUGUUACUCCGAUAUUAUUCACUUGUCACCUGAGGAACUUGUCAAAGUAGUGCUUGUUGAUUGUACUUUCAUAUUUGAACUUUUCUGCAGGCAUUUUUAUGGGGAGUGGUCAAAGGAUGAUACCCUCUUAUGGAAACCUUGGUUGACAACCAACAUAAGAUUGGACUUGUUGUUGCUUGAAAAUCAGAUUCCUUUCUCAAUUCUUGAGGACCUUUUCAAUCAUUCUGGUGUUGGUAAGGUCCAUUCAUUUCUUGAUCUUACCUUUGAUUAUUUCGGGUACUACAAUAGCUCUAAUUUGACUCCUCAUAAUGUUAAGAUAGAACACUUCACUGAUCUGCUUAGAGUAUUUUACUUGAAGCCUUUGGAAUCAUUACCUUUCACCAAGGGUAGGACUAAUGAAUCUAUGAUACAGCUUAAGAGUGCUACCGAGUUGGUUGAUGCAGGAGUUAAAUUUGAUGUGAACACUAAGAGCAAUUGUGCAAUGGACUUGAGAUUCUCCGGGAAGAAGGUUCUUGAGAUCCCUAUGUUGAGAGUGGAGGAUUGGACGGAGACAUUGUUUCGCAACAUGAUGGCAUUGGAGCAGUGCCACUACCCGGACGAGGCCUACUUCACCGACUAUAUUGCUGUAUUGGACUUCCUUAUAAACACUAGUAGGGAUGUGGAUGUGCUGGUUGAAAAGGGAAUAUUGGUGAAUUGGUUAGGGGAUGCUGAUUCUGUUGCCAGUUUGUUCAAUGGUCUUUGGAAGAACAUUACUCAUGUGAAUUUCAGUGAGCAUUACUAUAGACUUUGCAGAGACUUGGAUCUUUUCUGCAUAGAUCCUUUGCAUAAAUUGAAAGCUACCUUGUGGCGCGAUUAUGGCAGGACUCCAUGGCAAGCUGCUGCAUCCAUUGCUGGAUUCUUACUCGUAAUCCUCUCUUUGAUUCAAACAGUUUGUUCUAUCUUACAGGUUGUGCUGAAAUAAAACCAGAACAAUUGGAUUCUGGUGACACAAUCACCCAUGUACUUGAACCUUGCUUUUGCAUUGAGUUUAAGCCUUAUAGAGUUCUCUUUUAGCUUUAUUUCAAUCUUACAGAAUUCUCUUUUAGCUUUAUUCAUUUCUUUAUUUGAUAUAUAUAUACACAUCUUAUUUCUC